UGUGGCAAUAACGGUUACAUACCUUUUGUGUGGUCGUCGGUGACUUUCAUUUCUCAUGAAUCACAGUCAGUUUUGUUUUUCAUUCAGUUCAUUCAAGAAACAAACAUUUUACGUCUGUUCUCAAAGAAAAUGAUUUGCAGCCUAAAAAUAUUUCAGCAGAUAGAGAAUUAAGCAAUUUAAAAACUUUACCAUUCACUUAACUUGAAUUAUGUGGAAAAAGAAUUCAAAUUCUUAUUCAAAGGACUGUUUUUUGAUAGUCAGGUUCCUUCACUGUCAAAGGCAGAAUUAAGGAGUGGUCAGAGAUAGGAGACCACUCCCCUCGAUGAGAAUUGCUUAUAACCUGAACACAAACUAAAGUAGAAUUCACUUAUGUCUGACCGCUCAACAAUGCAGAACCUUGUGCUGAUCCUUGGGAUCGUGCUGCUCCCUAGAGCCUGUGCCUUGAAAUGUUACGAAUGCAUACCGGACCUCUCUGGAAGCUGCGCUCAGACAACAAAAGAAUGUCCUUCCAACACUCAGUGUGGAUCAGUAAGAGUGACUUCAUAUGCAGGUAAUUCAAAACUGGUUGAUAUUAAAGCGAAAAGUUGUGCUGCGGCUGAGGAGUGUGUUCAGGCCUCAAUCAACUUUGGAGUUUCUCAAACUCUACUGACCAGCAAGUGUUGCACCUCUGAUCUUUGCAACUCUCAAGAUGCCCCUGAGGGCAGCAUCUCCUCUCCAAAUGGGAAAAAGUGCUUCCAAUGUGAUGGAAACGAUUGCACAAAAACUCUAAAUUGCAAUGGAGAUGAGGACCACUGCAUCUCAACAAGCGUGACUUCAGGAGGGCAAAAGGUGACUGUAAAGGGCUGCGCCUCCAAGGUGGUUUGCUCAAGCACACAAUCUGCACAGAUUGCCGGAAUCAUAGGAACAGAAAUCAGCUGCUGCCAGGGUGACCUCUGCAACAGUGCCAUCAGUACAACUGCUGGCCUUCUGCUCUUUGUGACACCGCUGAUCUCUCUGGUCUUGUUCUCUUAGCUGAUGGAAACAACAACAUCACAGCCGAGCUUUUCUUAUGACUGUCACAAUGUUGCCUCUCAUUUCACCAGAGCUUAAAAAAUAACUACAUUUUUGUAACUAAACAUAAUUUUUGGUUUGUGGAGAAAAUAAAUGAAUACAUU